AUGCAAAGAGCUUUAUUACAAUCAGUUAGGAGGACGAUUCAAACUCGUGCCAGUGUUACGUCGUCCGUGUUUAGAUCUUCAGUCUGCGUACCACCACGCCAACAAUUUAUUCGCUUCAAUUCUACUAACGCAGAGGCAAAAAAUGGUGCAGAGUCUGCUAGCACUGCAAAUGAGCAAGCGGAACAAAAACUGACACGUGAGGCAGAGAAUGACAACCAAGCAGAAGCUGCAGAACCUACAGAAAGCCCAGAGGUCAAAGAAUUGAGGGAGAAAUUAGAGAAAAAGGACAAGGACUUGGCCCUCAUGAAGAAUCACUACGCCAAAGCCAAAGCUGAUUUCAUCAGUUUACAAGAAACAACAAAGAAAGAAGUUCAGAAAGCAAAGGACUUUGCAUUGCAAAAACUUGCUAAAGAUUUAUUAGAGUCGAUAGAUAAUUUCAAUUUCGCUUUGGAUCAUGUGAAAGACGAAACACUCAAGGCCAAUGAAGAGGUCAAGAACUUGUAUGAGGGCGUGGAUAUGACCAGAAAUGUUUUUGAGAAAACAUUGCAGAGACAUGGAAUCGAGAAAAUUGAACCAUUGGGAGAAAAGUUUGAUCCUAAUUUGCAUGAGGCCACUUUCGAAAUUGCUCAACCUGACAAAGAGCCAGGCUCUGUGUUUUUUGUUCAGCAAUCUGGUUACACUUUGAACAACAGGGUUUUGAGACCAGCUAAAGUUGGUGUUGUCAAGAGCGAAGACAAGUAG